GCAGGCGCAGUGCAUGCUCGCGUUUCUUCGCUCUUCUCCGACAAAAAAAAAAAAAAAAAUCACUUUGCUUGAAAACAAUCUGAAGCUGAAACGAUCACUCCGAGAAUGUGAUCUGUUUUUCUUGUUCUUUUUUUUUUUUUCCUUUCUUUUUUUCUUUUCGGAGGAUAAAACAGUUUUUGAAAUGACUCAGGCGCGCGCGAUGCGGUUCACAACCGCUAUCCAAACCCGGACAUAACCAGAAAGACACUUUUUUUUUUCUAUUUUUCCCCUCCUUUUUUUUUUUUUUUUUUUUUUUUUUUUGUUAAAAACCGUCGGAUCGUAGCUAUUUUUGUGGAUCGAUUUAAAAAAAAAAAAAAAAAGGAAAAAAAAAAAAAAAAAAAAAUCCCCCCGUCACACCGAUGGAUUGUUUCCGCUGCAGCUCGGCAGAGGGGGUUAGAUGCAGCACCGAGCGUUUCUUUAGAAAUGCUGAAAAAGCGAGCAGGAGAAGCAGCAGGAUGGAAUAUGAGGAUGUGAGAACUGCGGAUUAAUUCAUCCUUCUAUCCCCUUCUUUCUCAUCAUCUCAUCAUCUGUUAUUUUCUUUCUAUGUCUUUCUUCGUCCUCUCCGUGGCGAUGCAUUGGGAUUUCAGAACCAAGGGAGAACGGACAGCUCCCUUCUUUCCAUAAGGAAUAACACAAUCUACAAUAAAGGAGGAUUUUUUUUUUUUUUUAAAGGGGAAAAAUGCACAAGGUCACUUAUCUGCCUGCUGAUCUAUGUGUCUGUCAGUUGGCGUCUGGAGGAACGCAGACGUCCAUAAUCUGAUCGUUUUCAUGUCUUGGAUCGCGGGGAUGAAUCGUCGGCGUUGAAAAAAAAAUGCUGCUGUGGAUUGUGUUGCUGAAGGCGGCUCUUUGUGCAGCUCUUGGGAACGGGACGAGCGACGUGUGCAAGGAGGAGAUCUGCUCGUGCAGUGCGAUAGAGGGCGAUUUGCACAUCGACUGCGAAAAGCGCGGUUUCAGCAACCUGCAGCACUUGACUGGCCCGAGCUCGCAGUUUUAUCACUUGCUGCUGCACGGGAAUUCCCUAUCCAGACUGUUUCCUAACGAGUUCGCCAACUUCUACAAUGCAGUCAGCUUGCAUUUGGAGAACAAUGGCUUACACGACAUCGUCCCCGGCGCCUUCCUCGGCCUGCAGCUGGUCAAGCGUCUGCAUAUAAACAACAACAAGAUCCGGUCAUUUAAAAAGAACACUUUUCUUGGUUUGGAUGAUUUGGAGUAUCUCCAAGCUGAUUUUAACCUUCUAAGAGACAUUGAUCCCACUGUUUUCAGGGACUUGAGUAAACUAGAGGUCUUAAUUCUGAAUGAUAACCUAAUUAGUGCACUUCCCACCAACAUUUUCCAGCACGUUCCCAUAACGCAUCUUGACCUGCGCGGGAACCGGAUAAAGACGUUGCCUUAUGAAGGGGUCUUGGAACAAAUUCCGGGCAUUGUGGAGGUUUUGUUGGAGGACAAUCCAUGGGACUGCAACUGUGACCUUCUUUCCUUAAAGCAGUGGCUUGAAAACAUCCCGCAGCGGGCACUUGUCGGCCGGGUUGUUUGCGAAGCGCCUGCGCGUCUCCAGGGCAACGAACUCAACGAGACAGCUGAGUUUGAGCUCUGCCCUUCCAAAGAUGGCGCCGAUUCCAGUUUGGCCGCACCUCCAACUCAGGACGAGACCUCAGAACUGGAUUCUCCUCCUUCUCCCACGUCCACAACCUCCAAAAUGGCUGGAGUGACAGAGAAAAGUGCUCAGAACAACAAGGGCCGUCCCAAAGCAAGAGAAAACUGGCAGCUAAAAACCCCAACAGCAAUAGCAUCAGGCACUAGUGAUGUCACGUGUCCCCAAACGUGCGUGUGCAAGCCAAUCGGCGCUAGUCAAGGACUUGGGGUGAACUGCGAAGGUAAAAAAAUGGAGAGCGUGCUCAAUCUGAGACCCAAACCUCUCGGUGCGCAUGAGCUAAAUCUACGCGAUAACAACAUACACGCAGUGAAAAGGAACCAGUUUCGGGGUUACACUAAUCUGAACUUGCUCGAUUUAGGUGGGAACAACAUAAAAACAAUCGAGAAUGGCACUUUUCAAAACUUGAGCGAGUUGCGGUGGCUUUACAUGGACAAGAACUAUCUGGAUACUGUCAUGGCGGAUAUGUUUGUGGGACUCCAAAACCUUGAAUAUCUCAGUUUGGAAUAUAAUGACAUCCAGCUCAUCAUAGCAGGAGCCUUUAGUCCGAUGCCUAACCUGCGGGUUCUGUUCCUAAACAACAAUCUGUUAAAGUCGCUGCCCGCGGAUGCGUUUAUGGGUGUCUCCUUGUCCAAAAUAAGUCUGCAUAACAAUUAUUUCACCCAUCUUCCCUUAAAUGGUGUCCUUGAUCAGCUCAGCUCGAUCAUCCAAAUCGAUUUGCAUGGGAACCCAUGGGAUUGCACGUGCACCAUCGUUCCACUGAAACAGUGGGCAGAAAAAAUGGCGCCUGAUGUAAUUGUGAGUGACCUAAAAUGUGAGUCACCAGAGGAGUUCUGGAAGCAAGAUUUCCGUCGCAUUCGGAUCGACCUGAUAUGCCCGGAACUUUACGACCAGGCUUCGCCGACUUCGUUGCCCAAAAACGGCACCAUUGGUAUGGAUUCCGACUCAGGGACACGUCCUGGAUCGUACCCAGAGCCGAGCCGAGUCUCAAUUUCUGUUCUGGUGCCCGGAUUGCUGCUUGUGUUUGUCACUUCUGCUUUCACUGUUGUCGGGAUGCUCGUUUUCGUCCUGCGCCACCGAAAAAGGUCCAAACGGAGAGACGGGAACUCCUCGGCGUCCGAGAUCAACUCUUUGCAGACAGUUUGUGACUCAUCUUAUUGGCACGGCGCUGCUUAUCAUGCUGAUCACAGGAGCUACGACUGCGGCGCUCACUCGCUGUCUGAUAAAUAAGGCACUUAGACAUUAAUCAAAGCACUUGAGUGCAAAAAAAAAAAAGAUGCAUCCUGGUGGCGCUUUCUUACUCGCUCUGUUGGGAAAUAC